AUGCACAAAGCACGCUCGCUCCGAUCGCUUGCAAUAUCCACGAAUAUCAACAGACAACAUGACGGCCCUCCCUCGCCCACCUUCUCCGAGGUCACCAACGCCUCCGCCAUGAACUUUGGCGAGAACGGCCCUGCAAAGAUCGUCACCCGCGCAGAUCUCAAGGCCAGCAUGCAGGCCUACGACAACCUCCUCAACUCCUGCGCGAACUACCGAUCCGCCUUGCUCAACAUGUCCAGAGUCACGGCCAUGUUCGCGGACGCCAUGGAGGUUUGCGCGAGCAUGAAGGGCCCCACUUAUGAGCAGGGAACGAGGCUACAGGCCGCGUCUGGGCUUCACCACAUGAUAGGAAACCACUGGCAUGUCUUGUCCGAAACCCUCGACAAGAGCUUCGAGAAACCCCUGCGACAACACCUCGAGACGUACCGCACCAUCGUACACGAGCGGUCUGCCUCGUACGAGAGGGCGCUCAGAGAGAAGAGCAAUAUCAUCCGCGAUACCGAGAAGCGGAACAUGAAUCGCAAGGAGCGAAAUCUACAGAGCUUCCGACAGGCCUUGAUCGUCCUGCAAAGGCAGGUGGAUGAGCUCGACGAGCUCAAGGCACGGCAUUACGAGGAGAUUCUGGAACACGAAGAGGAGGUCUGGGACGUCGUGCAAGGAAAGGCAAGGAACCCAAAGAUAUGCGUCGUCGUUCGCUCGACAAUGGACGUAUUUGAUCGAUUCACUGCGAAAGCCUCCGACCCCGUUAUCGAACCCAUGCUGCAAUCUGUCCCGGACCCUUUCGACUCGUACGGCCAACAGCCGUCCGAAGACCAGAUCUUCAGCAUCCUCCCGCCCCUCUCCAUCAUGGCCGCGGCCUCCCCCUCGCCGAGCCCGCUCAGCUCGACCCCACAGACAGAGGCCAGCGACAUCUUCGCUACCGGCACGACCGCGUGGGGCCCGCCCCCCGCCGCGCUCUACACCGACACGUCGACCGAAUGGGCCGACGCGACCUCGCCCUCGCCCUCGACUUCGACCUCCCCGACCGCGUCCGCGUCGCCCCGCUCGUCCUCCCCGUCCCACCGCGUGCACCGGCCUGCGUCGCCCCCAAACAGCCGGCGCACCGAGUCGAAGCUGCGCAGCGUCCUCGCCGUGAUCGACGAGGCGCGGAACCGCACGCUCGCCAUCGCGCCCGCCACGAACGGCGGCACCAACGGCAGCGGCAGUCGCAACGGCAACGGCAACGGCAACGGCAUCGGCACCAACAGCGGGGCCAGCACCAGCACGGGCACCCCCUCCUCCUCGCUCUCGUCGUCCGGCCUCAACGCGCCGCCCGCGCCAGACGCGGCGCGCGACGCGCGGAUCAGCAGCUGGGCGGCGUUCCCGUUCGCGAGCUACGCGUCGCGCCCCGGGAGCGAGGAGACCACCCCGCGCAGCUCGACGUUCUUCGCGCCGACGGUGCCGCCCGAUCCGGACCCCGCGCCCGACGUCGAGCGCGAACGCGGGCGGGGGCGCAGCCCGCAGUCGGACGAGACGGCGACGAUCACGGCGGUGCCGGCGGUGUCGGCGGCGGCAGCGUCUGCGUCAUGA